AUGGUCGCUGCUACAACCACAAACCCAACACAAAAUCCACGAAAUCCCAAAACCUCCUCGCAUGACGAGUCCCAAAACAACCCAAGAAGACCCCCAUUGUUACCCUCUGAGAAAGACAACAAUGGAAUUAACCCCAAAAGACCCAAAUCAAGACAAGUCUCUUCAAGAUACAUGUCCCCUUCGCCUUCUACUUCGAGUUCCUCAGUCUCUUCAUCGUCUACCACUUCCAGAAGAUUCCCAUCUCCUCUAGUUUCAAGAAAUUCGACGCCGGCGUCUAAUACACCGGCUUUGGGGCCUAAACGGUCUGUAUCCGUGGACCGGAGGCGUCCCGUGGCCUCUAGACCACUUACACCAGAUCUUCAUUCGAAACCCGGUAAUGAUGGUGAAAUGUCAGCUGCUACAAAGCUGCUGGUCACUUCUACUAGGAGUUUGUCGGUUUCGUUUCAAGGAGAGGCGUUUUCUCUUCCAAUUAGUAAGACUAAGGCGGCUCCACCUUCACCAAAUUUGAGUAGUGUGAGGAAGGGUACGCCAGAGAGGAGUAGGAGGGGUAGUACCCCAUUGAGAGGGAAGGUUGAGAAAGAAGGAGAUCAGGUGGAGAAUUCGAAGCCAACUGAUCAGCAUCUUUGGCCGGGUAGGACCCGGCAAUCUAAUCCAUUAUCUAGAAGUUUAGAUUGUUCUGGUCAGAGGAGUAAGCUCAUUGGAUCUGGGGAUGUUGUCCGGGUGUUGCAGCGAUCUAUGAUUGAUGAGAGUAGGAGGGUGUCCUUUGAUGGUAGAUUGAGUCUUGAUUUGGGCAAUGCUGACUUGUUCAAGGCAAUUCAACAAGCCCGGGAUGGGAAUUCUGUUCUUGAGUCAUCAGUGCAGUCUGAUGUCACUGCAUCAGAUACAGAGAGUGUUUCUUCUGGUAGUACUUCGGGAGUGCAAGAAAGUGGUGGAGUUUCUCGUGAGCGAAGUGGGCCUCGUGGAAUCAUUGUUUCAGCUAGGUUUUGGCAGGAAACAAAUAGUCGGUUGAGGAGGUUGCAGGAUCCAGGUUCACCGUUAUCCACAAGUCCAGGGUCAAAAAUAGUGGUUCCUCCAAAGCUAAAAAAGUUCCCAACUGAUAGCCUACUAGCAUCGCCUCGAACAAUGUCAUCACCUAUUCGGGGAGGUGUUAGGCCUGCAUCACCAAGCAAGCUUAUGUCAUCCUCUCCAUCGAGGGGAAUGCUUAGUCCAUCUCGGGUCAGAACUACAGUUGCUAGCACCAUUAGUAGUAACAUUAGUGAGACACCUUCAGUUCUUAGUUUUGCUGUGGAUGUUCGGAGGGGGAAGGUUGGGGAGAAUCGUAUUGUUGAUGCACAUCUGUUGAGGCUUUUGUAUAAUCGACAUUUGCAAUGGCGCUUUGUAAAUGCUAGGACAGAAGCAACUUUGUUGGUGCAGAAACACAGUGCGGAGAAAUAUCUGUGGAAUGCAUGGAUAACAAUCUCAGAUCUACGUGAUAUGGUCACCAAAAAAAGACACAGGUUACAAUUGCUGAGGCAAAAGUUGAAGCUGGCUUCUAUACUCAAGAGACAAGUAAGAUUUAUUCAUGACUUCGUCUUAUGA